UAGUUCCUCGACGCCGCCGCGCAGUCCGCCAGCUCCGGCUGCGCCUGGCGACGGCGGGGACGGAUUCCUCGCGCGCUCCAUUUCCCACGAGGUCUGGAGAGCCGAGGCGCGGCCGUGGAACCCGGGAAAGGGGUGAUGGAGCGGAGACCACGAAGGGGGGCGCGGGGCGGCGCACGCUCGGCUCCCCGGCCGGCUCCCGCGCCGCGAACCGCAGCGCCCAGGCGUUCCGCGGAGCCUCAGGGCCCGCAGCUCUGGCUCUUCCCCGGCGCCGCCGGCCUCCGCGGGGCACUGCCCCAGAGGACUGAGGGGACGCGCCAGAUGUGCUCGACAAGAUCUUAUAUUUGCAAACAGUGUAAAGAGUGCUUUCAAUUGCGUUUGUCCGAUGUGGUGGAGAAAAGCAAACGGCCGUUCAGAAACUUUGCCCAUCCGAAUAGUGAAGAAAAUGAGUGCAUUAAGUUAGGAAAAAAAACGAAGAUACAUUCUGUGGACCAAGGAGCAGAGCACAUGCUGAUUCUAUCCUCAGAUGGAAAACCAUUUGAGUACAACUAUAGCAUAGAACAUGCAAGGUUCCAAUGCAUUUUACAAGAAAAAAGUAUAAUUCAGAUCACAUGUGGAGAUUAUCAUUCUCUUGCUCUCUCAAAAGGUGGUGAGCUUUUUGCGUGGGGACAGAACUUACAUGGCCAGCUUGGAAUUGGAAGUCUAUCGGCCUCAGUCCCCACACCACAGAUUGUGAAGAACCUGUCAGGAAUCCCCUUGGUUCAGAUUUCUGCAGGAAAAGCCCACAGCAUGGCCUUAUCCAUGUCUGGAAACAUCUACUCAUGGGGAAGAAAUGAUUUUGGACAGCUAGGCCUAGGCCACACUGAAGGUAAAGGUUUUCCUUCCCUUAUUGAAGCAGUGGACGAUCAGAAAGUUGAAUUUCUUGCUUGUGGUGGCUCUCACACUGCCCUGCUCACAAAGGAUGGGCUGGUGUUUACUUUUGGUGCUGGAAAACAUGGGCAACUUGGUCACAAUUCAACACAAAACGAGUUAAGACCCCGUUUGGUGACUGAGCUUGCUGGGAAUAGAGUGACCCAGAUAGCAUGUGGAAGGCAGCACACACUUGCCUAUGUUUCUGAUUUGGGGAAGGUCUUUUCUUUUGGUUCUGGAAAAGAAGGACAACUGGGCAACGGUGGAACACAUAAUCAGCUGAUACCACUUCCCAUGAAAUUGCCAUCAAAAGAAGAACUCAAAUUUGAAAGCCGUACCUCAGAAAAGGAGUUGAUAAUGAUUGCUGGAGGGAAUCAAAGCAUUUUGCUCUGGAUGGGAAAAAAGAAUUCCUAUGUUAAUCUGAGGAGGAAAAUUCUUACAUUGAACGAAGGGACUGUAAAGAGAUGGAUUGCUGAUGUGGGGACUAAACAGUGGCAAAAUACAAAAAGGGAAAUCAGAGAGAUAUUUUCAUCUCCUGCUUGUCUGACUGGAAGUUUUUCAAGGGAAAGAAAAGCUGCUGCAGAAACGAUGUCUGUUCACUUGGAUGUAAAUAAAGCAAGAAACGCUUUUAAGGAGUUAACCCAAAAGGACUGGAUUGCUAACACGAUAACCACAUGUCUCAAGGAUAAUCUGCUCAGAAAUCUUCCGUUUCAUUCUCCACACCAAGAAGCUUUAGAGAUUUUCUUCCUUAUUCCUGAAUGUCCCAUGAUGCAUGAUUUUAACAACUGGGAGAAUCUGGUGGUUCCAUUUGCAGAGGCAGUUUGUACUAUGAGUAACCAGUCUUUGGGGGUUCUGGAGGAGUACUGGGCAUCUCUGGAGGAACUUGACUUCAGCAGGCUGGUCCAGAUGUUUAAAAGAGCCAUCACUGCUCAGCUGCAUUACUGGACUGAAAGCUAUUUGGACAAUCGUCAUGUUAAAGCUCUUCUAGAAAUGCUGAGAAAGCUAUACAGGGUAAACCAGGCUAAAUGUCACCUGCCUGAAAGUAUUUUUAAAAUAGACGAGCUUACACAAUGGCUUGAUUUUCAUGAGGAUGCAUAUAGAAGGUCUUUUUGGAAAGUGAACAACUUGGGCACUUCAAUAGACGCUGAGCAUCCUGUCAUAUUCAGUCAUUUUCCAUUUAUCUUUAAUUCUUGGUCAAAAAUAAAACUACUGUAUGCCGAUUCACUUUUAAAAAUACAGGAGAAAAAAUUUAGAGCUUGUAUGCGGCUGGCCGGAGUUAUGCAACAAGGAAGGUCCGAAUUAGCUUUGCUGCCCACUUUUAAUAUGAUAGUCAGAAGGAGUCACUUGAUUGAGGAUGUUUUGAGUCACCUGUAUCAGUUUGAGAAUCAAGAUCUGAGGAGGGAGCUAAUGGUUUCAUUUAGUGGAGAAAUUGGACUUACCUCUGGAGGAGUCAAGGUAGAGUUUUUCCGCUGUCUGUUUGAGGAGAUGACCCGUCCAGAAUAUGGGAUGUUCAUAUACCCAGAGGAGGCGUCCUGCAUGUGGUUCCCUGUCAGCCCUAAAUUUGAGAAGAAGAGGUAUUUCUUCUUCGGGGUUCUAUGUGGACUUUCCCUAUUCAAUUUCAAUGUUGCCAACAUCCCUUUCCCACUGGCCCUGUUUAAGAAACUUUUGAACCAGGAGCCAUCACUGGAAGACUUAAAAGAACUUAGUCCUGUUUGGGGAAAGAGUUUGCAGACACUUCUGGAUGAUGAAGGUGAUGACUUUGGAGAAGUAUUUUGUAUCUAUUUCAGUGUGCAUUGGGACAAGAAUGACAUAGACUUAAUUCCUAAUGGAAGAUGCAUAAUUGUUGACCAGACUAACAAGAGAGACUAUGUUUCUAAGUGUGUCAAUUACAUAUUCAACAUCUCUGUGAAGGCAGUUUAUGAAGAAUUCCAAAGAGGAUUUUACAGAGUGUGUGAGAAGGAUAUUAUUGAAUUUUUCCAUCCGGAAGAACUGAAGGAUGUGAUUAUUGGAAAUACAGAUUAUGACUGGGAAACAUUUGAAAAGAAUGCACGUUAUGAAGAAGGAUACGACAGUUCACAUCCUACCAUAGUGAUGUUUUGGAAGGCUUUACACAAAUUGACUUCGGAGGAAAAGGAAAAAUUCCUUGUGUUUCUUACAGGAACUGACAGAAUUCAUGUAAAAGGUUUAAAGAACAUGAGAAUAACAUUUUGCUGUCCUGAAAAUGUGAAUGAAAAAGAUCCCAUAAGAGUGCAGACAUGUAUAAGUGUCCUCUACCUCCCUAAGUAUUCUACGAUGGAAAGAGUGGAAGAAGCGCUUCAAGUAGCCAUCAACAACAGCAGAGGGUUUGGCUGAUCCUACCUCACAUUGUUUACCCCUUCAGGGAAAUAUUUUCAAAAAUAAAAUUAAGAACUCAAAAAUUAACAUAAAA